UUCACACUCUAUAUUAUAUAAAGGGUCCAGCUUAUAAAUUGCAUUGUUUGUUUUGAUUUGAUGUCUGCUGCUACAAAAGUCUCCCUUCCAAUGAUCAUCUGAAAUUACAUAGGAUUUAUAGGGUCAUCAAGAACUCUUCAGCAUCACAAAAGGUGAUUUAUAAUCAAAAAGCAAGGGACAGACACACAGAAGUUGUUAUCUUGAAUCAGAAAACAUGAUGCUAAGAAGCUCUUCAACACCAGUUCUUGGAUCCCUCCUCUCUUCCUUCACAGAUAGCCCUAACAACAAUAUUCACUCAGAAACCUGUCAUGCACUGAAACACUUUCCACCAACCACUGUCCCACAACAUUAUCACAAACUUACUUUCCACCAAACUGGGUCCUCUGCAUGUGGUUCUUCUCCAAUCUCUCCCUCAAUUGGUGAGCUUGAAAGGCAAAACAAAGGCUUGAUCAGAAGAGUCCAAUCUGAUGGGAACUUGCAAGACUUGGCCUUCUUUUCUUGCAGCAAUGAAGAAAGGUUUGAGUUUUCAGACCCUUCCAAGAGGUUUUCAGCUAGACACAGGAGCUUGGUGCUGGAGACCAUUCCUUCUUUCUCUACUGCCAAGCACAAUGGCUUGAGUGAAGAAGAGGAAGAUGAAGAAAUGGAAAGUGAGAGUGAAGAUGGGUUCAGUGUGCUGAAUGGUGGGAAGGGUGUAAUAUUCAGUGAAGAAGUGAGGGUGAAGGAUGGAGUUUGUAGGGUGAGUUUUGGUGACCAGGAAGAGGUUAGUAGUGGUAAAGAAAUGUAUCUUGCAAAGGGACUUGGUGUAGAGUGCUGUGGUGAUGGCAUAGGUGGUUGUAGAGGUGGUGGUGGAGGUGGUGGUGAUCAUAAUCCCUUGGGUUCUGGAGGAAAUGAUGGAGAAAGGCAUGGAGUGGAAGAAUAUUACAAGAAAAUGGUUAGGGAAAAUCCUGGGGAUCCUUUGUUUCUGAGGAAUUAUGCCAAUUUUUUGUAUCAGUGCAAACAAGACCGUGAAGGAGCAGAGGAGUAUUAUUCCCGUGCCAUACUUGCAGACCCAAAUGAUGGAGAGGUUCUAUCACAGUAUGGGAAGUUAGUUUGGGAACUACAUCACAACCAAGAACGUGCCUCCAGCUAUUUUGAAAGAGCAGUCCAAGCCUCUCCUGAAGACAGCCAUGUACAAGCAGCAUAUGCUAGUUUCCUUUGGGACACAGAGGAAGACGAGGAUGGUAUCAAUGAACCACAAAGUUUACCGCCACAUUCUCAUCAAGGAGCUGUGGCUACUGCAGGUGCUUGAAUUGGUGAUGAAGUUUUUAUACGUACAAAUACAAGCGAGUGUCUUGUGAUGUAAUGAAGUUCUUAUGUUGAAGCCAAUGUUUAUAAAUAACUGAAUUCACAAACUCAUUACCCAUGUGUAGUAGCACUAAGACAAGCGACGAGUUUGUGUGCAACCCUUUUAAUUAAUCAACGUCUACUGAUUGAUAACAUGUAUUUGGGACUACUAGUACUUGAAUGUUUUGGUUUGUUGCA